AUGCCUUGUCCAGCACCCACCAAACCGAACCCCGGCCCCAGGUCGUGGGCCUACGGCCAAUCUUUGCAGCCACCUGUGGCAGAAGCUGAGCUGACCAAGGAUGUCAACCGCAUCAAAGGGGUGACGUGGUGUGGCUCUCGUCAGGGUAGCUGCUACACUGGCACACUCCCUUUUGGUACGGGGGCCCUAUGCUAUCAAUAUGAAGGAACCCGAUUGGUUGCUACGGUGGAUGCCCUUGAGAUGGCUAAGCUCAAACACCCCCAUGUCACGGAACUCAUGGAAAAUGAGGAAGCUGGCAUCAGUGAAUUUAUCAAGCUCCUGGAGGAGUGUUGGGGUAGUGGUGAUGUAUCUGCUGAUUUUCGUGAUUUGGACGACACCGACCCCAACAUUUUUGAGAAGCUUGGUUCACUACGUGUGACAUAUGUGAUCGCUGGGGACAUUCUCUACAUACCCUAUGCGAGCAUAGUCUGUGAGAAGGCCUGUGGCAACGCGAAUAGCAUCUCCCUUCGUGUGAUGUCUUGCAUGAUGCACGCAUCACAACAAGCCCAAUGUCUGUUCAUGAAGAGGGGACCAGCGUGCCACGUCUAUUUGCUCUCGAUGUCCCAGUUGGGGAGGAAAGUGAAGAUGGAGAUGGCGGAGAAAGGGAACACGGCCAUGGACAAGGAGGGUGACGAAGGGAACCAAGCACAACCAGUGUCCCAGAACAACAACCCAAUCCCUGACAUCACUGGUGAUGCCAACAUCAUUGCUUUCGCGCAGAAGGUUCUGCAGGAGGUCGAAGAGGGGAACUUGGAUUCGAAUUGGGAUCUCGAACAGGUGUGCAAAAAGGUCGGCGAACAUUCACAGAUGCAUACCUACACCAAUUAUCUUCUCAUGGACCAAGACCUGCAGCAAGAGGAGUGGGAAUGGUGUGCGCCGGGCAAUGACUUCCAUGAAGAUCUGAUUGACUUUUUGGACUUUGUUACCAAAUCCGGGCCCAAGGCAGCUUCAAACUCAGUGAACACCGAGAUUCCUGGGGAUGCCAUGACCAUGACCGGUGCGCACAACGUUGAGCCUGAGGUGACUCAGUCGGCUGCAGCUUCAGUGACCGAGAAUGAUCCCAAUCCUGAUGCCGAAAAGGACAAGGCAGAUGACGAGACCAAUGCCGAGACCAAGGAUCCCGGUCCCAUUUCCGAGAAACACAGUGAGACUGUUGAGCCCAAGACCAAGACCAAUGAUCCCAAUGUCGAAAAGAAAAACAGUGCCUGUGACGGCGAGACUGAGGUUGUCACCAAGACCAAGGAUGCUGAAAAAACAAACAGUGAUGGUGGUGGUGACGGUGAGACUGUUGAGGUUGUCCCUGACAAGACACUCGAGUUGGCGACCAAGGAUCCCCCAGCCAAUGCUGAGAAGAACAACGGUGAGACUGAGACCAUGGCUGAACUUGUGACCAGUGACAAGUGCAAGGAUUCCAAUACCAGUCUCAACACUGCAGAUGCUGUGGCUAUGGAUGAGGAUGCCGAGGAAAGUGAGGAGUCGGAGAUGUUCGAAAAUAGCGACCCUGAGGCGGUUACUGAGACCAAACCCAAGGACAAGGAGAAGUACAAGAAUACCACAGCAGCAGCCUCAGCAAAGUCAAAGGAGUCAAAGGCAGAAGCAAAGAAAGCCGCAAAGGCCGCGGCCAAAGGUAAGGCAAAGGCAUCAGCCAAAAGUGCAGCAGCAGCCAAGAAAAAAUCCGCAGCAGCAGCAGCAGCUGCAAAGACAGUCAAGACAGCAAAGAACAAGUCCGCCGCCAAGGCUGAUGCUGGGAAGUCUCGUGGUAAGAAGCCUAAGGAUCUGCCGGAGGAUGGCGCCAUCUCCCGAUCGCCGAACUCGAAGAAGCGCAAGGCGGCUGAGGAGAAGGUGACCUUUAAGCCAGCACAGCGGCAGGGGCCCAUUUGCGUCUUACCCCCGCGGCCCGCGGCCUCGCUGGCGCGCGCCACCUCCAAGGCCGCGCCGCGGAAGCCGAUGCCCGAGGACUUCGACCUGGGACCCUUCAACGACUUGCUGCCGCCGAAGCCAGGAGCACCGCAAGAGGAUGACUUGGAUCUGGGGCCUUUCAGCGAUUUGCUGCCGCCCAAACCAGGUUCAGGACCGGAGGAGGAUGACUUGGACCUGGGGCCCUUCAAUGUGGUGCUUGGGCUUCCGCCGAGGUGA